AGCAAUGACAACUUCUUUCGAGGCUGGAGAGCCAGAAGGAAAGAGAAAGGCACAAGCCACAUCAUCUGAAAGUUCUAAAGCUGUGAUCAUGGGAGGUGAUGCAUAGCUGGACAUUUUGGACAUAAAACCAAACACUCAUCAUGGACAUGGAGAGAAUUGUCUCAUGGUCCUACAUGGAAGGGCUACAAAUAUAAUGGUGGUCUUUUUGGAAGAGAACUUCAAGAGAUGAAACAUCUCUAAGCAACUCAUUCAGGAGAGGUGGAAACAAUGGAUAGUGGAUAAUCUGUCAGGGAAAACGUAGGAACAUGAGGACUCCAGCUGGUGUCUCGCUGUGGAAAUACUUCAUGUCUAUGGAUUAACAAUACGGGAGACAUUUCCACGAUCAUCCAGAGGCUGUCUGUAUUUUUCUUUUUUUAAUAGUUGUAUUUUCCUUAAGGUAUGGGGCAUCCAGCGCACUGCCCCUGAGCUUUUCAGCCUCCCUGCCUGCGCCUCUCAGCGGCUACUAGUGACAAUGCUGACCGAGCCCGCAAAACCACAGAGAUCAGAGCCGAGACCCAAAACAAGGCCCGCUGGAACCUUCACAGCACAAUGUCCCAGUCAGAUGUGGCUCCGCUGGAGGCCGACAGCUCGCUAUCAGAAACCUCUGGGGUUCCGUUAAAGUGGGCUGCUCUGCUUUUUCUUAUGGUCAUCGUUCCCACCAUUGGUGGGAACAUCUUGGUCAUCCUCGCUGUGUCACUUGAGAAGAAGCUGCAGAAUGCCACCAACUACUUCCUGAUGUCACUUGCUGUGGCCGAUUUAUUGGUGGGACUCCUGGUGAUGCCAAUUGCCCUGGUCACUGUCCUCUACAAUUCUGGUUGGCCCCUUCCUGACUUCAUCUGCCCUAUUUGGCUCUUCCUGGACGUGCUGUUUUCAACUGCAUCCAUCAUGCACUUGUGUGCCAUCUCACUGGAUCGCUACAUUGCCAUCAAGAAGCCAAUACAGCACAGCCAGUAUAAAUCCAGAGCCAAGGCCAUGGUCAAGAUAGCACUGGUGUGGCUUAUAUCAAUUUGUAUAGCGAUCCCUAUUCCAAUCAAGGGGCUCCAGAACUACCAACCCAGAAACAACAUCACCUUCAACAGUAACCACACAUGCCAGCUUAAAACGGACACCUUCCGAGAAUUCAUCAUGUUUGGCUCCAUGGCAGCAUUCUUUGUUCCGCUGAUCAUAAUGAUGGUCAUCUACCUUCUUACUGUCCAUGUGCUGCGCAAAAAGGUCGAUUUACUCAGGUCAAAGGUGAUUCAGCGCUUCAGCUACCAAGCGGUGUCCACAGUAUUCCAAAGGGACCAUGCUGGGACCGCAAAUCAAGUUGACCAGUUUCAUGUGCUGGACAGGCUUUCCAAGAUGCAAGAAAACCCCAAUGUAAGCACGGCAAAGCUUGCUCCCAUCGGUGAAAUUCCCUUCCGCAGAAUGUCCACCAUGGGAAAGAAGUCAAUGCAGACUCUAAGCAACGAGCAGCGUGCCUCAAAGGUGCUGGGCAUAGUCUUCCUUCUCUUUGUGGUCAUGUGGUGUCCCUUCUUCAUCACUAAUGUCACCUCUGUGCUGUGUACCAGCUGUGAUAUCAACAUCAUCUCCCGGCUGAUGGAGAUCUUUGUGUGGGUGGGCUACAUAUCAUCGGGUAUCAACCCGCUCGUUUACACACUCUUCAACAAGACGUUUAGGGAGGCCUUCACACGCUACAUCACCUGUAAUUAUAGGACCUGCGCAAGUCAUCAGCCGGACAGAAAUCCAAAGACCUCAAACGUUGCUCGGACUCUUACGAGAAUUUCAUUCAGAUCUUCCAUGGCCGAAAACUCCAAACUGUUCAUGAAGAGGGGCAUGAGGAACGGCAUUGGGGCAGUAGGCCCCCAAAGUCCACCGAGAUGCCGGUCAUCUGCCCAUUCAUGUAGCGGUGUCAUGUUAGACACAAUGCACUUUGUGGACAGCUACGGUGCCAAGCAGGAAGAACACGUGAGCUGCCUAUGAAGCUACAACACUCCAAUCGAUCUGAGAGCAUCAGGACAUGGCUGGGAUCUUACUGAAAAACCUAUUUUUUCAAAGUCAAAACAGGAUGUUUGCACCACCACCAACUUCAAAAGCUGUUGGACUGUGAUUUUGCAAUGUACUUUCCUUGAUAUAAGACCUGGCUGUAGGGGUUGACCCCACAAUUGUACAAUAUUACAGGACACAAAAACAACAACAACAACAACAACAAAAAACUAAAGCAAAAUCAUGCAUUUUGUUCUUCCACUGUCACUCGAAAUAUAGAAAAACAUGACACUGUUAGCUUUUAGAAACUCAAACAGCUAGCAUCCAAUGUCAAAUUCUGCAUCUGAUGUUAUCCACAGAUCAUUCACUCCCUGACAAUCAAGACCAAGUUGACAAUGCCGAGUCUUUUAAAUUGCAAGGUCAAGAAACAUUUGACAUAAACAGAUAACGUUUUCAAAGGUGAAAUCCAAUCAACUCUUUGUCAUGUUUACAUUCUGUCAAGUGGAAAGAUGAAAAUGCACUUAAUUUGGACUAUAAACCUUCUCAGACCAUAUAUAGCCACUUCGUUUCCUGUCUACAUCUCUAGAAACCAUGCUUUUUGUACUGCCUAAACUGUAUUGACAUGAUCCAGUAUUUUUUUUGUACAA